UGGGCGCCUUGGCUUCCGGAGCUGUCCUCGCCGCUCUGGGCAGUUCCUCUGUGGGGCUGGCUGGUGACUGCUGAGCGCGUCUGCUGGUCAUGGCAGGUGCCGUCGCUAUGGAGACCGAUGAUGCUGGAAAUCGACUACGGUUUCAGUUGGAAUUGGAAUUUGUACAAUGUCUAGCCAACCCAAAUUACCUUAAUUUUCUUGCUCAAAGAGGUUACUUCAAAGACAAAGCUUUUGUUAAUUAUCUUAAGUACUUGCUUUACUGGAAAGAGCCAGAAUAUGCCAAGUAUCUAAAGUACCCUCAGUGUUUACAUAUGUUAGAACUGCUCCAGUAUGAACACUUUCGAAAGGAGCUGGUGAAUGCUCAGUGUGCGAAAUUCAUUGAUGAACAGCAGAUUCUACACUGGCAGCAUUAUUCCCGGAAGCGGAUGCGCCUUCAACAAGCCCUGGCAGAACAGCAACAGCAAAAUAACACAUCGGGAAAAUGAAGAGCGGAGAGCAGGCCGGGCUCUAAGACAUGUAUAGAAUGUAUUUGUUGUACAGUGAAAACAAACAAAAGACUCUUCAUUACUGCUUUUCGUGUGGUAGCACCCAGAACUUUUAGUGUACUUUUUAAGCAGCAUACUUUUUAUUGUUAAUAGACUAUUUAUGCCAGAAUUGGUCUGCUUUGGUUUUCCUGUGGAUUUGUGAAUUUUUAUUAGCAUUUAACAGAACCAAAUGAAUAAGAUUGGAGCUAAUAGGUGCUUUAGACCAAUUUGAUGAGUCAGUAUGGGAGGGGAGCUGCCAAAUAAACAGAACCUAAGCCCA